UGUUUUUUUUCUUUUGGGAUUUGAUUUGAUGAUGUAUAUGAAUUGAAACAAAAAUCUAAUCAAAACAAGUUAUACUUAUUUAUCACAUUGCUCAUCCAAUAUUUCAAUUAUUUUCAGUUCACUUUUGAAUUAUAAUUUUAGGCAAAUAAUGAAUCAUAUAGGACAAAUAUAAUGAACAUAAUGAUCGACAGCAAUAAGCCUAUCAUACGUUUCAAAAAUGUUAAAUUGAUUAAAAAUGGUCGUCUAGUGGUGGAUGAUUUAUGGAUUCAAGAUGAUAUCAUAAUAAAUCCUGAACCAUUAUUUUUCGAACAACAAAAAGAAGCCGAUAUUGUUGUCGAUUGUCAACGGGCAAUUAUUGCACCCGGUUAUAUUGAUCUACAAAUUAAUGGUGGUUUCGGCUAUGAUUUUUCUACACCUGAAAUUGAUAUUAAUCAAGCGCUAAAUGUGGUCGGUACAAAUCUGGUUCGUUAUGGAGUGACAUCAUUUUGUCCAACAUUAAUCACCCAACCAUCAUCAAAUUAUCGCAUGUUAUUACCUCGUAUGAAACGUGGUCCAAUUAUUGGUGGUGCAAACAUUUUGGGCAUACAUGUUGAAGGUCCCUUUAUAAAUCCUGAGAAAAAAGGUGCACAUCCUGAACGAUAUAUUCAAAAUGAAAUUAAUUCGAUUGAACAAAUUGAACAAUAUUAUCAUGAUUUAUCAAAUGUAUCUAUUAUGACGAUAGCACCCGAAUUAGAUAGAAACAAUGUUUGUAAACAACUUGUAUGUAAAGGUAUCGUAGUAUCAUUGGGACACUCGAAUGCCUGUCUUGAUGACAGUGAAAAUGCAUUUCGUAAUGGUGCAUCGAUGAUAACACAUCUGUUCAAUGCAAUGCCAUUAUUUCAUCAUCGUGAUCCAGGUUUAUUAGGUCUAUUGACCAUCGAUAGUGAACGACAAAUGUACUAUGGUAUCAUAGCUGAUGGAAUUCAUACACAUUAUUCAGCAUUACGAUUAGCAUUCUAUGCAAAUCGUACCGGAAUGGUUCUCGUUAGUGAUGCCAUAUCAGCGGCUGGUCUUGAAACUGGUCUACAUAAAAUUGGUUGUGAAAUGAUUGAAAUCAAAAAUGAUCAUGCAUAUUUGGCCGGUACAAACACAUUAUGUGGUUCGAUUGCGACAUUGGAUCAUUGUGUUCGAUAUUUACAAUCAAAAGUACCCGAUUGUUCGAUAGUCGAUGCUAUUGAAUGUGCAACAUUACAUCCGGCACGUGUACUUGGUAUUGAACAUCGAAAAGGAACACUCGAAUUCGGUGCAGAUGCAGAUUUCAUUAUACUCAAUGAUCAAUUAGAAAUUCUAUCAACAUUUGUAGCCGGAAAAUGUGUGUUCAUCGAUUCCGAACGAAUGAAACAAAUGAAAAUUGAAAUAAACAAAGUGUUUUGCACAUGAAAAUUUUAAUAAUAUAAUAGGGGGUAGCUCAUAAUGACGAAAAAGAAAAAAAA